GGCCACACGUACGCUCACUCUCCCGCGCCGGGAGCUUCCCCUCCAAUCCCUCUUCGGAUCCUCUCGAAACCCUGAUCCAUAUCUCCGAUUCUUCCUCUUCUCUCCGCUUUUGAAACCGAGCUGGAUCUCCUCAAGAAAUGCACAUCUUAGCUUGUAAUCCUUCGCCGCAACCCCAGGGCUUCGGGGCUCCGAGGCGUUUCGGCCGCCGAAGGAUCUUCGCGGAUAGCAUCUCGUCAAUCUGCUCCCAGAGAAGCACUUCAUUUGAUUCCAGUGUCGAUGAAACUUCUCGCGACUCCCAAUCACUUCCAAGGCCAGUUGGUAACCAGACUAUUAACUUAGGAAAAAUGAUGAGCCGGAUCAUUCCUUGCACAACACGGCGUAUGCUGUUUGUUACUCCAGCCAUAUGUCUCUGCUUCCAUUCUUCAAGGUACUUCACAGCUGUUGCAUUGGGUGACUCAUCGGUCACAGUUGACGAUGUGACUCCUCGCAUUUUCCCCUCUGGGCCACUCUUUCCUUCUGAGGAAAGGAUUGUAGAACUUUUUGAGACAAACACUUAUUCUGUUGUCAACAUCUUUGACGUAACAUUACGCCCUCAACUUAACGUAACUGGUGUUGUUGAGGUUCCUGAAGGAAAUGGUUCUGGUGUAGUUUGGGAUAAUGAUGGACACAUUGUGACAAAUUACCAUGUGGUUGGAAAUGCUCUUUCGAGGAAUCCAAGCCCUGGUCAAGUGGUUGCACGUGUGAACAUCCUGGCUUCUGAUGGGGUACAAAAAAAUUUUGAGGGUAAGUUGAUCGGUGCAGACCGUGCUAAGGAUCUUGCUGUGCUGAAGGUGGAAGCUUCUGCAGACCUUCUGAAGCCAAUUAAAGUAGGGCAAUCAUCUGCUCUAAAAGUUGGCCAGCAAUGUUUAGCAAUUGGAAAUCCCUUUGGCUUUGACCAUACUUUAACUGUUGGGGUUAUUAGUGGAUUAGAUCGAGAUAUUUUCAGUCAAACUGGAGUAACAAUUGGAGGUGGUAUUCAGACUGAUGCAGCGAUUAAUCCUGGGAAUAGUGGUGGUCCUUUGCUAAACUCCAAAGGAAAUCUGAUUGGGAUUAACACAGCAAUAUUUACGCAGACAGGCACAUCUGCUGGUGUUGGCUUUGCUAUCCCAUCUUCAACUGUCCUUAAGAUAGUACCUCAGUUAAUUCAGUUUGGCAAAGUUGUGCGUGCUGGUUUGAAUGUGGAAAUAGCUUCAGAUCUUGUCACUAAUCAGCUAAAUGUUCGGAAAGGAGCCCUUGUGUUGCAGGUUAUGGGGAACAGUGUUGCAGCCAAAGCAGGUUUACUUCCUACUACUAGAGGUUUUGCUGGGAACAUAAUUCUGGGGGAUGUCAUUGUUGCGGUGGAUGAUAAGCCUAUUAGAAGUAAAGCAGACCUAUCAAAGAUUCUGGAUGACUAUAAUGUUGGAGAUAAAGUUGUUCUGAAGGUUCAAAGAGGUAACCGGAGCUUGGAACUGCCUUUGGUCUUAGAGGAGACAAGCAUUUGAUGAGCACCCAAAAUCCUCCAUCUGUCUAAUUGUGCAUAUCCAAGCUUGUGAAAUUAAUAGGCAGGGUUCAGCCAUGAAUACCACUGUGAAGACAAUGGCUACAGUUUAGAUGACACCAACUUGCACAACAUAGUUUCUCUAUGACUGGAGGGGAAAAAUCUGGAGACUGUUCUGUCCAGCAGUUUGCUGGAUAUCUCUUCCCCAUUGAUUUUUUAUUGGGAAGGCUAAGUUCAAUGCACCUUAUGAUGCUAAUGAAAUGCGUUGAUGUUACCAUUGUGAUUCUCUGUGCAUCUGUCCAAGCAUAUAUAUAAUUCCAUGUACCUUGUCACACAUUGCAAACAAUUGAAUAUAAUUGUUCCAAGAACUGAUGUAUAGAUAUUUAAAAUGAUAUUUCAAUCAAAAAUAAUAGAGCUUGGAAACAAUUAUGUUCAAAUAAUUUGUAGGAUCAUGCAAUAUAAAGUCCUUAUCUGUUCCAGCUUGUUUGUUAAUUGCGUUUAUAAUUUCAGUUCCAAUGGGGUUUCUUUUCCUCUUUGCCAAGGCUCUGUACUCUGUAGGCUGCAUUGUCCCAGAGGAAAUGAAGGUCAUAUUGUGGUUACCCAUUAUAACAAGAUUCGCACUGCUACCUGCAGAAAUGAAACCUUCAUCUUGCCUGUGUUUCUCUCUCCAAGAUGAGACUACCAACCAUUUGUUCCUUGUCCUUUUUCAGUCAGUCUGGAAACAUUCUGUCUUCCUUUUAAACUCCUGCCUCUCCCAAGCUCUUCGAUGAAGCUUGGACUUCUUCGAGACUGUUGUAAUCAUAAAAGACUGGCUUUCAGGUUUGGACAUUGCUCUGAUUGUGGUCUCUUUGAUCA